GGCUGCGUCACUUCCGGGCAGAGGACGCUCUGAGGCGAGAGAGCCGCGAGUCGCCACUCCGUCGCCGUAGUAACGGAGAAACGGAGCCGCAGGUCACCUCCACGCAGCGGCCGGACGGAUAAAGAAACCCCCAAACCGAGGUACAAACUGCGGAGUACACGCUGCGCGCGGCGCGUGACAUUGCUGGAUGUGUAUCUGUGUUGACUGGAAGUCGUUUGGACCCAGAACCGACACCGGAGCGGGAAAGUAGGCGACGCGGAACCCCCUCGGGACGGCGAGCACAAAAAAUAACUUUUUAAAAUUGUAUCAUUUGUGUUUUAAUCAGCAAAGAAAAUUGCCAUUUCUUUCUGGACCGCGCGCACAAGCCGUGUUGAGUUCCGGUGUUCCGGGUGGACACCAGAGAAGCGGCGGCUCGGCGGCCACCUGACCUCCCGGAAAAUAAGACCGCAGCGAAUGACGCGCAGGCUGAGGUCCGUCCGGGGCUCAUCGCUAAGCCCUCUGGCGGAGCGGCGCGAGUUGUUGGCGAGGCUGUUGCAUGUCCAGUAUUGACGCACCCUUUCGCGGGGGAAGUUUUGUCGAAUCCAAUUACUGACAUCCAAAUCGUGGUAAGUGCUAAGUAAUCUGUGCUAACUGUGAAAUCGAACCAGUCGGACUUAAUUGCGCGUUAAAAGUUCCACCUUUCGUCAUCGCGCUCUUCAGCAAAUUGCAGUAUAGUAUCAGGCGCAUAAUCUGACCGAGCCAGCCAAGCCAAUGGAUACAACCGGGGUGAACGUGCUCCAGCGAGCGCGAUGCCAAGCGCCGGUCUGAUCCCGCGCAAUGCCUGCACUCUAACCCGCAUCGGCGUGGCGCCGUGUCCCGGUCACACCGCCGGGAUGAGCAGCACCGACCUGGAGCGCAUGUCGCUCAGCUCCUCGGCCAACUCGGUGGCCUCCAGCGCGCGGACGUUGUCGGCCAACGUGAGGAAGCUGCACAACGCGCUCAACCUCCUGCUCAGCGACUUCGAGAGGGAGCAGUUCAUCCACUGCCUCAACGUGUACCACUCCAAACGCAACGUGUACGACCUGGUUCAGACCCUCAACGUCAUCCUCAACGCGCCCAGCAAGCGGCAACUUCUGCCCAUGCUGCGGCUGGUCAUCCCCCGCUCCGACCAGCUACUCUUCGAGCAGUACACCUCGGAGGGCCUCUACCUAAAGUCGGAUUUAGUUGCAUCGAGCAACGGCGAUGCCGAACCCCCGCCGGGCGACUUCCCCGGCGCCAGCCCGACUCCCUCGGGGCACUUCUCGCCCAACAACCGGCCCGAGUUCCAGGUGGCGCUGCGCGGCUCGCCGGACAGCUUCAGCACCAGCAGCGACGGGACAGCUCCCCUCGUGCCGCUGCUCGGGAGGAACUUUGUGCACGAGCCGCCGGGCGAGAUACGGCAGGUCACCAUGAAGCGACACAAGAGCAACGAAGGCCUGGGCUUCAGCAUCCGCGGCGGCUCGGAGCACGGGGUCGGCAUCUACGUGUCCCUGGUGGAGCCCGGCAGCCUGGCGGAGAAGGAGGGUCUGCGCAUCGGUGACCAAAUCAUGAAAGUCAACGACAAAGUCUUCGACAAAGUCACGCACGCCGAAGCUGUGAAGGUGCUGAAGGGCAGUAAAAAGCUUUGCCUCUCUGUGCGUUCAGUCGGGCGGAUUCCAGGUGGCUACGUCACCAACCAUGUUUACACCUGGGUGGACCCCCACGGUCGGAGUGUGUCCCCUCCUCCCGACCUGCCCGAGCAUCGCAGCGCCACGCUGAGAAGAACGGACAGCCAGCGACGCAGCAACAUGCAGCUGCUGCAGGACGGAGACGAGAAGAAGGUCAACCUGGUGUUGGAUGACGGCCGCUCGCUGGGUCUUAUGAUACGAGGGGGAGCAGAAUACGCCCUGGGGAUUUACAUCACCGGAGUGGACCAGGGAUCAGCUGCAGAGUGCGGAGGACUCAAGGUGGGCGACCAGAUCUUGGAGGUGAACGGCCGCAGCUUUCUGAGCGUCCCGCACGACGAAGCCGUGAGGGUCCUGAAGUCGUCGCAGCACCUGAUGAUGACGGUGAAAGACGUGGGCCGCCUGCCGCACGCCAGGACGGUGGUGGGCGAGACCAAGUGGAUCGCCAGCUCGCAGAUCGGAGAGAGCUCCGCCGAUAGCAGCAUGGCGGGCUUCUCGAUGGACAAAGGAGCCUCUGCAGCAGGAAAGCCUGGCUUUUACAAAGGCGUGGCGGGCUCACAGGUGACCCUGUCCAGCCUGGUGAACCAGUCGCGGGCCAUGCUGGAGGAGCAGGCGCGCCACUUGCUGACGGAGGCGGAGCGACAGACCAUGGGCUACUACCUGGAGGAGUACCGGGACGGACACGUCGGGGUGGAGCAGCUGGUCGUGGCGCUGUUCGAGCUGCUCAACACGCACGCAAAGUUCUCUCUGCUGUCGGAGGUGCGAGGCUUGGUCACCCCACAGGACCUGGAACACUUUGACGGACUUGUGCUGAGACGGGAGAUUCAGGCUCUAAAAGCGCGACAGGUGACAGCCGGAGCCACGGCGCUCCAGCCGGACUCCGCGUCCAUGGUGUCGUACCCGGACACCCUGACCUCGUCUUCAGCCAGCUUCCUCACCAACACCACCCUCAGCUCCGCGCGGAACGACGGCGUGGGGGAGAGUAGUGAGCCGGGUCCCCCGGAGGCUCUGAACACGCUGCUGACCGACAUCUCUCUGGACGACGUACAGUCCACCACAGCUGAAUCCCCCCCCUCCUUCAAGCCUCCGCCCCCGCCGGGGGUGCACAGGCGCCCGACUAGACGAGAACAGCUCAACAAAUGCCCCUCGUCCGAGUCCUCCCACUCGGGCCUUUACUUCACAGCCCCGGCCUCUCACGACCUCAGCAGAGAGCCGGGACGCGCCAAGGACCCGUCUCGGGACUACGCGGCCGUCAGAAAGAGAAAUCCCCCGGCGCCUCCCAAGAAGCUGGCGGCUGCUCAGUUGUCCGCCGUGUCGCAGCACAACAUCGGCCCUUUCCCCCGGGUCCAGUCGCCCGGCAGGGCCACGAAGCCCGCUGCCCCUUCGCCUUCGCCCCCACCGCCCCCUCCCCUCCCCGCUCCCCCUCCGCCCCCUUGUCUUCCCUUUGAGAGAGUGUCCCCCUCCUCUCCCGGCUCCAAACAGCAGUUUGUUACAGUGGAGGUCCACAGGCCCAACGCGGAGCCCGACUUCAACGAGGUGCGGCCGCUGCCCCAAGCUCGAGGUGGCGCCCUGUCUCAGCUGUCAGACAGCGGCCAGACCCUCAGUGAGGACAGCGGGGUGGACAUAGCUGAGUCAGGACACAUCAGCAAAGACAGCUGCGCCCACUCCUCACGCACACGCCACCCCCGAGACACCCAGGCGGGCGGGGGGGGAAACCCCUCCAAGCCGCCGGGCCUGUUGGAGCCCACCUCUACACUGGUGAGAGUGGCAAAGAGUGCCACCACCCUGGGUAUUGCCGUUGAAGGUGGAGCCAACACCCGCCAGCCGCUGCCACGAAUUGUCACAAUACAGAGGGGUGGUUCAGCUCACAACUGCGGCCAGCUGAAGGUCGGUCAGGUGAUCCUGGAGGUAAACGGGGUUUCCAUGAGGGGCCGCGAGCACAGGGACGCCGCACGCCUCAUCGCAGAGGCCUUCAAGACCAAAGAGAGGGACCACGUGGACUUCCUGGUGACCGAGUUUAAUGUGGCGCUAUAGCUGGGUGGAGGAGGAGAGAGGACGAUGACGGGGGGGGGCGGAGUCAGGAGAAGAGGCGUUUGAGGACGUCACGAGCGGAGGGAAAAGAAGAAAAAGAAGCGUCUGUUGUUUUUAAAUGGCACAACUCAUUUAGGUGGACACAAACGACCUUCCACCGGCAUGUGGACUCCAGGAUGCUCCUCAACGUGUUACCGCCCCACUGUGAGACCGUAUGCACUAAAAUGGAAAGUAGUGAGACGUAUACCUUUUUCCCUGCUCUCCGCCCUCAUGAAACUUUGGAUUUACAACCAUUCAAAACCGACUGGACCCGCUCGUAGCUCGACCGCGCCCCCUGGUCCGCUUGGUCCGCUUGGCGUUAGCUUCUAGCGCGAGAGACUAAUGCGCAUCCAGGACUUUACAUGCUUGGAUUUGUAAAUGUAAAAAUGAACAAAUGUAGAUACAGAUGCAUAUAUAGUGUACACAUAAAGAUAGUCCUAUAUGAAUUAUAAAACCCUUAACCUCUGUGGCAUCACCACUACGUAGUGAUAUAUCUUAACGAUGGUGAUAGUUCAGGCCAUCCUGGUGAUAUGGGAGGUGGUGCGUUACAGUGAUGCUACCCGCCUGUCUGCGCAUUGGAAGUACACAUUACAUGCUCACAUUGGUUUGAUCAGGCAUAACAGAAAAUACUAUUUUGAUGGAACUCUUCAUUUGGGAUCCAAACCAACGCGAAUCAUUUCCUGCUCCUUUCCAUUCCUCCGUGUGUGUCUGUAUCAUUUUAGAUUACGUUCGCACCAAACUAUCAGAGUUUUUGAAUGCUGUGAAAACAAGAUGCGCCGCAGCCAAGUUUCCCCAAGUACGCAACAAAACAGAAGCUUGUCCUGGUUAGAGUCAUUCGCUCUACAGGACAAUUUGUUUAUGUCUUCAGAUUUGGCCACUUCAGUGUGGAGGUUCUCAGACGGCGUAAAAAUCCUUCAAUUUAUUUUUCCCUCAGCUUUGCUCCUGCUCGUCUGAGUAACAAUUGAUCAUUUUGUUUAGUGAUGUCAUAGUUUUAAUUACAUUCACCCCAUUGGGGGAGGAGGGGCGGGGGAGAGGGAGGAAGGGGGGGGGGUUGCUGCAAUUACGCUCAAGGCGAACGUAAUGAGACAUUUAGAGGACGACACUGCCAAAGACUUAGGAAACCCUCCUCCUCCUCUUAUGUUCACACAUCCACUCAUAGCAAAGCAAUUAGGAGAUAAGCAAUCAGGAGGAGGGAGCUAUUGAGCAGGAGGGCGACGGGAUUGUUGCUGUGAUGAUUUGCUUCCUCUCAGGGAGAGACGUACAUCAAACAUCCUCCACGUGUCCCGCCAGAGACUCGCCCGAGGCUGCAGGUUGAAAUACGAAGUCAUUUGACUAAUUCAUGCGAGUGCGUGUGUGUUUCGUGUGUUUUGAUGUGCCGUGUGUCUGUCUUAAGAAAACAUGAUGCUCAAAUCAAGGAGGAGGGAAAUAAUGCUGAACGUAAAUGUCAUCAAAGGCGCCGCUUUAUGAGACACGUGCGUGGAAGCGGAGUGGCAGUCUGGGCUUUUUGGGUGACAAAUUACAAUCCUACAGUCCUGAAUCUAAAAGCUAAGAGAACAGCGCCGUUAUGCUUUGUUUUUGCACCAUAUCCCGCUGUUUAUCUUCAAAACGUCAACCUUCAAUGAAUAAAAAACACAUGCGCCCUGUACCCGUAUAAUGCCCAACUACGAUCCCAAGAUGUAUAUAUUUUGUAAAGAAUCUUAAACGCAACCUUUCUUAUUCGUUUAUCUGUCAUUAAAUCAUGUGUUGCUCAAUCGGCGUGUGAGAUUCAAGAAAACCAAAGAAGGUAACAAUGUUUUUUUUCAAAGCAGCUUAAAUUGAUGAUUGCCUCUAGAAGACAGACGAACUGCACAAAACCAUAAAGACCGUUCUGAGAUAUAGAUUACCUUGUAGAUUUAUCCUUUAAUUAAUUCUGAGUGGUGUUUUGGCUCACUUGAUGACUGUUAGUUCAAUAUUUACAGCCCUGUAGCUCUGCUUUGUUGUCCACCAGCUUUUUUACAAAUAGUUUUAAAUUUGCUCGUCUCGUUUGGUAUUGGGAAGCUUGUGUCUGUGUGUAUGUAUAUGUACACAUUUUGGUAUUCACUUUUCUCUCGGUUGAAGACAGUUUGAGAUAAAUCUAGUGCGUUUCCAGAAACGGACGACCUCAUACCAGCUUCAGCUUUAACUGUAACUAUUUGUGGCAGGAUUCUUAGAACAUUUUUGUAGCUCACGUUGUCCGUUAUUAAGUCAACAGCCUGAUAAAAAGCCACCGUAUUCAACUGUUAAUGUCUGAGGGGAAUGUGGAGAAGCAUUCAGACAAAUUCACAAGUUAUUUUCUGUCUGUAAUAUUUCUAAAGCGAGUGCAUUCACUAAUUUCACUUACAAAAACGUAAACUGUAUGCAUAUACAGGACUCGAUAGGAACAAUUUCUGGAAAGAAUCUCACUCGUGUGUGUGUGUGUGUGUGUGUGUAACAGACUGAGCUUGAUAAGAAGACACACGGGGCAUUCAGAGAGAUGAGGGCUGCAGUGUGUCCUCUCAAUGAAGUUACUCUCCUGUAAGUUUUCUCAACUGCAAAGAAACGCACCCACACAGAUGGAUGCUUUUCUUUUUUUCCCUGUUGAGCUUCCUAACGUCACACGUGACGCCUCCUUCUUACAAUGGAGAGGAGACAAGGAAGAUGAGCCAACUCUUUGAUUUUUAAUUAAUUAGUAUCCUUCCAGUGAAAACCACACACUGUAUCUUAAAAUUGGAUUGCCUUUAGAAUCCCUCUAAAUGGCCAGAAGGAAAACACUUUCCUGCGUGGGUUGAGGGAAUUAUCCCACUUCUGAGAAAAAUAUAAACAAUUUAAAACAUUUAGGAUUAACUUCAAAAUACACUUACACAAACAAUAUAAUAUUGAAUUGAAUAUAAUAUAAUAUGAAUGUUAUUUGCUACUUUACAUUUAAUUCAAAGAUAUUCUUUUCGUUUUAAGGAUAAAACAUGUGUUAUCCUCAUUGUCAAAUUAGCUCUGAAACAAACAGUGUGUUUGUCUCUCAAAUACUUCUCUGCACUUCACCUAAACAACAGUAAAUAGUGCUUUUGUUGGCAAAUAUUUCCAGCUGCAAAUUACACACAUACACAUUUGUGAGAAUAACUAAGAUUUGUUGACACCAGAAAAAUAUCUAUGAUAUGGAGAAUUUUAAUCUAUUUUCCAAAAAAAGAAUGAAGUGAAUUUUGGACAGUACCAAACAAGUAUUAAAGGUUUACACAAAGAUGAAACAUUUGAAAAAAGGUUACAGAUGCAAUUUUCUCUUAUUUAAUCACUUUAUCUGACCUUGCAUAUGUGAAAUGUACAUCAAUUCAAACGUGUCUCAGAGGAAGUUAAGCGUGAAGAAUGGAUGACUAAAGCUCUCCAGGGUUUAAAUUCAUUCAUUUAAACUUUUGUACCGCAUACUUUCACUGCAGAAUCGUCCCUUCAUUCCAUAAUGCCCCCAUCUUGUAGACGCGUCGACAGCGGCUGGGCUUCCUCUUUGAGCAUCCAGGCUGGAGGGAUGAUGGAGGCAAGAGAUGGAAUCCACUGACAGGCUCAUUAAUCAGGGGCAUUAAGACAGAGGGGUGCUGGCCUUGUCUCCGACGGGACACCCGGUCAGCUCAGACAUCGUGUCUGUAGCAACGGUUUGCUCUCCCCACCCCUGAAUCACUGCUGGCCUGCAAAGGUCAGACUCUAGAUGAUGUUUAUUUGUUUGACUGAGUGAGUGAUCCUCCUGCUUUAUUUGCUGCACAAGUUUUUUUUUUUUUUUUUAGUCGGUCUUGAUUUUCUUCCUUGCUCUUCAGCCGCCUCCCUUUGCCUUUGUUUUCCUGUCACUCCAUCUUUCCCCCUCGCCUGCUUCCUGCCCACUUUAACGAGAGUGUUGUACAAGGACAUGCUAUUUAUACAGAAAGGGUGUUUAAUUUUUCAAUAAAGAUAACUGCACAAAAGCUG